GCACGGGAGCGCACGGGAGCGCACCAGUGCGCCGCCACAGAGGGAGAGGAGAUGCACGCGGACUAAGAGCAAAAACUGCGCGCGACAAACCAAGAAGCAUCUCGCACGAGAGGACCAAAACGAUGAUUCGCUUGUCACAUGAUUUUGUCGCAAUGUGUUAGGAUGAAGUUUUCCGCGUCGUUUGGAGGGAAUAUCCGCGCGGGGGAAAUGAGGACAGCCGUCGGUCGCCGUGGAUGAUGAUGUCCCACAAUGAACGCAGAUUUUCAAAAUCCACUGCAAGUCCCUCGACCAAAGGUCCGCAGCUAUCUCACCAUCAAAGUGCAGUCCAAGCGGAUGUCAAAACCUCGUCCACCUGUCCAUGGAGCAAAACCUCCUGUUGCUCCCAAGCCUAAGCCGAAGAAUCAGCCCCACCCACAGACAGAGCUCGUCCCUCAACAGGGCCUCAGUAACGGAGAACUGGCUCACAAUGAUGGGGAAACAGGGGGUCUCCAGGAAAUAUUAGAGGAGUAUUAUGACAGAGAAGAGGAAAAAGAAGCACAGGAUGGGGUUAGUGACAGUGGCAUAGGAGGCAAUAACAGAGAGGACGCAGUUGGUGGAGAAAAUGUGGUGGAAACAUUAAAAGAGGCAGAAACAUUAGAUAACGAUGGAGACGCAAACAGCGUUGACUCGGAGGACACGGUCAAAGCUGAUGACUUGAUCAACACUACUGACGAUGAAACCACUGACAAUGACUCCAUCCAGCCUGAGAGUGGCAGUCACACCAACGGUGAAAAUAUAACGCCCUCUGUUCCCUCAACUGAACUAGAAGAUGUAGCCGGGCAUGAGAAACAAGAACCGGUUUUAACUGAAAAGACGGAAGCAUGCCUUUGCACUGAAGAACGCACAGAUGAAAGUGCACAAGGUCAAAACCACGAUCAGGCGCAUUGCUUUAGUCAAGGUGGUGAAAACAGUGAAACGAGACUCUAUGAAGCAGACAGUCAGCCUUGCCCAGCCCCCAGUGAGACUGAACUGGAGGCUGGGGGAUUUGCAUUUGGAUUCACCGUGCUUCCAACUGUAACUGAGGAGUAUCCCUAUGAUUUGAUUGGCCCCAAUGAUGAUGCCAGUGAUACAUGUGAGUCAUGUGACCCAGCCGAAACAGGUGAUACAGAAGUGUGGCAACCGGAAAGGGCCACCAAGGAUGUUUCUGGGUGUUUUCGGUUUACAUCCAGCACUGAGGAUGUGUUCGGGCCUUACGCUGUCAUUGAGGCUGUUCCAGGAGACACAAGUGGCACGGCGGACCCUGAGUGGUGCCCAGAUGAGGAUGAGAAGGCUUACACAGGAAAUGAAGGUGAAACAGAAGGUGCCUCUUGCCAGGAACCUUUCUAUGUGUCAUCAGACGAUGUAGAUAAGCUGGAAGACAAGCAAGCCCUUUUGGAACAGCAUCAUGUGGAGGAAGAGACUGAACAGCGUCAUCAACAUGAAGAAAAAGCAAAGGACAGUGAGUCGGCAGAUGAGUAUGCGGACAUCGACGAGUCACUCUGCCAAAAAGAAGAUAACUUUGAGCAAUCUGAAUGCGUCUCAUCAGAGGAUUAUGUAGAGAUAGGCGAUGAUGAUGAAGAGGAGGAGGAGACAGGAAAGAAGCAUAUCCGUGUUAAAAGCGCAAAAGAGAGGACAGCUAGGCGAGAGCAGUCUUUCCUUAGCCAGAGAAAAAGCUGCCAGCCUCGUCUGAGGCUGUGCAACAUCACAGUGCCAGCAGAUCUAGACCUGGGCCGCACACCCGAGCUGACGAACAGAGUGGUGUUCGCCCACACCACUGAGGCCUUUGAAGAAGACAUUGAAGAGCUGGACUGCCACAUCGUGCCUUACUACGACGACACAGACUCUGACAGCGAAGAGCACAUAUACGAAGAGGCGGGGUUCGACUCAGACGGUGAAAACUUUGUGGCACUUGAUCGGAAGACCAUUGUUACGCGAUCACGAUCAUAUUCUGGUAAAAUUACGGGCUAUGUCCCAGAAACUGUGCCGGAGGAGACAGGGACGGAAUACCAGACCAAUGACUACUGCACUGUAGCCCUGGAUAAGAACAGCAAACCUCCCAGCCCCUCUCAGCAGAAUCACACAGUCAACUGUGUGAUUCCAUCCACAAAGUCUCGUCGCUAUAUGUUAUACUCUCGGUCUACAGAGGGUCCAGAAUUGUCACUGACUGUACCAACAGAGAAGGACCAAUUGCUGAAGGAUGAGAUUAGGUUUAAGAGGAAGGAUGACAACCUUUCUCUUCCAUGUGUCAUAACUUCUUCUGGAAGUUUCUCUCAGCGUAGCCAUCAGUCGUCCAGUGGGGUUUCCACGCCAACCUCUCUAGUGGAUAUUCCACCACCUUUUGAGUUGGUAUACAUCACUAAAAGACCAGUCACCAAGAGUUCACCGUCCCUCCUGAUCCAUCAUGAGCCCAGUGAAAUGCCUAAGAAGAAGAAGUCCUCAUUCAAACGUUUUCUGGAGUUCAAGUUCAAGAAGAAGACAGAUUCAAAGAGUUUCAGUGAUGGAAGUGUCCGCUCGUCACGCUCCUCAUCUGAAUCCAGCCACCAUGGCUCGGUGAGAGUUGUAGAGAUCGAUCACAGAAGCACCGGCAGCUCUCCCCAGCUUCAGUCCCACAUGGUGAACCCCCAGCAACAACUCCCAGACUUGCCAGCUUCUUUCGUCUUCUACAAAGAAAACCAGGGGAGAAAAGGAGACCCCAAAGCUUACGGCCGGAGCGUCUCCAGAGGGGAGUCUUUCGAGGAGCGCUCACGCCGCUCUGUUAUGCCCCUUCCUUUGACCAAACCUCGUUCCACCUCCUUUCCUAGUGCAGAUCGCUCAGAGUAUGAAAACAUCCCAGCUCUGAGUUCUGAAUAUGAGAACAUUCAGAUUCCUGGAAGACCUGCCAGAUCCCAUACUGUUACAGUGUUUUUUGAGAACCCAAACAGCUCAACGCUUCCCUGCAACGAGAAUGAUGGAUACGUGGAUAUGAACAGUUUCCCUGGGAUUGACAGCAAACCCCAGGCAUCGAAAAUGGACAAUGAAAGUGCCUACACAGAGCCUUUUCCAAUGAAUCCCAUCUCUGCUGGGCUCUCAGCAGACGAGGACCACGGACGAACCUCAGAGGAGGAAGAGGGGGGUGCUGAGCAAGGUUAUGACCGACAGAUUGAUGGUCGAUCUCGAGCGUUCUACAUCGCCAAAGACCUGACUGACUCGGAGAGAUUACACGUCAGUGCCCUCAAGCACAUUCAUGAGGAUUUUAGGUCAGCAGUGACUGGGGCACUGGAUGAGGAAGGAGAGCCGGUACUGGAGGAGCAAAGGCUGGGGGAGAUAUUGGGUGUACUCCCGCAGGUCUACAGCCUCCACACCAGCAUCUCAAAUGAGCUGGAAGAACGUAUCAGUCACUGGGAGGAGAGCCAGAAGAUGGUGGAUGUCAUCUUGUCCCGUCGCGACGAUUUUCGGGUGUUCGACACAUAUAUCUCUGAGUAUGAUCGCAGCAUGUCAUUGCUGGAGGAGAGCUGCAGAAACAAACCAGCUUUUGCUAGCAUUGUCAAGAAAUUUGAGACUAGAGGCCCAGAAGAAUUUGAAGUCCCACUGAAGCACCAGCUACUACAGGUCAUAGUGAGAGUACUUCAGUAUCAAAUGCUACUUCGAGAUUACCAGAACAACCUCUCCCCUGAUUCAAAGGAAUAUGAGGACACUCAGGCUGCCUUGAUGAUGCUGUCUGAGGUGGCAGACCAGGCCAAUGACAAUCUCAAACAAGGGGAGAACUUGUUACGUCUGGUCCACAUCGAAUACAGCAUGAAAGGGAAGAGGGACCUUCUGAAGCCUGGAAGGAUUUUUGUCAAAGAGGGCACACUCAUGAAGGUCUCAAGGAAAAGUAGACAGCCACGCCACCUGUUUCUGAUGAAUGAUAUAAUGCUGUAUACCUACCCUCAGCAGGAUGGAAAAUACAGGCUGAAAAACACCCUAACCCUGUCAGGGAUGAAGGUGAGCAAACCUGUACUGGACAAUGUGUUAAACUGUCUUAGGGUUGAAGUAUCUGACAUCACCAUCACUCUCUCCGCCAGUUCGGUUGGAGAACGUGAGGACUGGUUCCACACCUUAAGUCGGGCCAUAGCAGACCAUGCAGCUGGACUCUGCACAUUUGGUGGACCCUGCAGUGAGGCUCGUGAGAAGUUGUGGAUGGCUUUGGGAGAAGCUGCGCCUGUCCUGGUUCCAGUUUCGCAUGUGAUGAUGUGCAUGAACUGUACCACUGACUUCAGCCUCACACUCAGACGACAUCACUGUAACGCCUGUGGCAAGGUGGUCUGCCGAGCGUGUUCCAGAAACAGAUAUCCUCUCAAGUACCUCAAGGACAGGGUGGCCAAAGUGUGUGACCACUGCUAUGCUGAACUCAGGAAGAGAGGUGGCAGCAUUUCAGGAGCGUGUGGAAACUCCAGCCCUCGGACUCACAGGGCCAGUCGUCCACUGUCGGCUGUCUUCCAAAGCCUGCAGGCUCCCAGUCUGUGGAAAUCCAGAAAGGGCUCCUCCAAUCUUAGCCAGGUAUCACUCAGCGUGGAGGGUUCCACCAUGAGCGGAAGCCUGCAGCGCAGGAAGAAAAGCAAAAGACGGUGGAAGAGACUGUGGUUCCUCCUCAAAGAUAAGGUGCUCUACACCUUCACAGCCCGUGAGGAUAAAGUGGCUUCAGAAAGUCUUCCUCUACAGGGCUUCACUGUAAAGCUGAAUGAGAAGCCUGAUGGAGAAGAAAGCAGUAAUGUGUUUCAGUUGUACCACAAGAAAACUCUCUACUACACCUUCAGAGCUGACGAUCAACACACUGCACGCAGGUGGGUCAAUGCGAUAGAGGAGGCUACAGUUUUAUAGCACCUGCUAACUUAGAUUGUUAACCCCCAACUGACAGUGGCUGCUAGAACUCCUCUGAGGAGCACAACAAAACUACCUGCUGCAACUGAACACACAGCAUCACAAAACAGUCAUCACAUGUGGCCUGUGGAGGGAUCGUAAAUGGAUCAUCACCAGAAUUUAGGACAAGGCUACCACCCUGUGGCAGUGAGACGAAAGGAUACAUUCCAAAAGGAUGUUGCGCAGUGGGAGAGAAAUGCAAAACUUUUGGAGGGAUAAGCAUGACACAUGCAAAUCCUGUGGUUUCCAUUACAGUGGCCAGCCACGGGAGGCUUCACUUUUCUGGGGCAGCUUGAACACAUUUGAUGCAACAUGUGGGAGCCAGAGAGAGAUUUGAUUUGUUUGCCAGUUUUUUCACUUUUUGAAGAAAACUUACUGCAACAGUCUUUAAGAAGAGGACUUUUAAGAAGAAAAAUGAUUGGCAAACAAAUGAACAGUACAUUUGAUGAUCAACGGCUGAAACUAUGACAUUUAUAAAUGAGUUUUAAUUAUUUCAGAACAUUUGUAUGCACAGGAUGCGCUCAGAUCUGUGACUUAGUGCCGUCAGAUUGUGGACUUCUGACUUUUAUACUGUUGUUCUGUGUGUGUUCAGAAUACUUGUUAGCCGUGGUUUGUGCAGAAAAAGCAGCUGUCAAUGCCCAAACCAAUUUAGAAAUCAUGGCACACAUUUGUAAAUAUUGUGUCUCAUUUGCUGAUCGUGUGGCCAUCGAGUGACUAAUCUCUCUCAUUGCUACUUAAUCAUCUAACCUUUUUUUCUGCGGUAGAAAAUCACAUCUCAUCCUUUGCAGCAGUGUUUGAAACCAUGCCAGCACCACUUUAAACAACAAUAUUAAAAAGCUGUACCACAGUGAAAGUCAUAUCUUGUCAAAGGGAAAAUCCAUGCUGCCACUUUACAGAUGUGUGCUCUUCUGAAUAUAUAUUGUGAAAUAUAUGCAGCAGAUAUUGAACAGAAAUAUAUGAUUUUGUUGUAUAAAGAUGACGUUACACCAUGCUCUAAGUAAAGGUUCAUUUUAUUCAUCAGUGUAUGUGAACAUAAUAUCUCUUGUGGAGUUUUAUUAAGCGUUACUCUUGAAAUCUAUCUGUUAAAAAGACCCUCAGCAUGCCAGUCACGUCAUGAAUAUGAACACUUUCCAAAAUACUCCAUGUUUUAAAUUGUAUGAUUUGUAAUCCUUUUUCAAUUUUGCCAUAAAGAUCUGAAGUGCCCAUUUUAUUUCUUUUUGUUGAGUAUUGUGCAAUUUGCAUUUAAUGAUGAAUGUGCCUGAAACUGAAUUGUGUUCCUCAUUCUCCGUGUUAUCACAGUACUGUAUGGACAGAUCUUGUUUUUGUUUGUUUUUUUGUUUUUUUCAUAUCUACUCUUACUCACCAUACUUAAUUAUUUUAAACAGUGUAGUUACUCUCCAGAAACAUAAGAAUAUAGUGUGACGUUUUUCUUGGAGUAUAUGUGCUGCUGUAUGAAAUAAAGUCAGUCUUAGAGUUGCUCAUGUUUUAUUCAGAAGGGAAAACACUGGAAUUCCAUUCAAACAUUUAUUUUUUGGACACAUUCAGAUGUUUUUUUU